UUAUAUAUAUUUUUGGGGGGCGCUAUCGCUGUUUCUAUAGCAACGAGAAUCCCCCGUUUAGCUUUUCAUUUUUAUUUUUUAUUCUAAUGCCAAAUGUAUGAGAAUUACAGCUUGAAUUUCGUGUUUGCGGGAGCUUCGGGUUGCCAGGUUUGGUCACGUGCGGCAGAGAUGUUGACCUGAAGCACGCAGACAGGCAGGAGUCCCGGGACGCCCCCCUCUCUCUAUCUAUCUCUCUCUCUCUCACGUUCCAGGCCAAAGCAGACAUGAGAGCCGCCUGUCCACACCAUCAGAGCCGUGCGGCCCAGUUUAAGAGCAUUAAGUCGGUUUAAUCCACUUUGCCUUCUGCCACUUGCAGGUGGACAGGCUGGCAGAUCCAGGCGGAUGGCACAAACUGCCUCCAAACCAGACAGUUUCUACAGACUCCUAAAGUAAAUAAAAAUUUGAGGACUAGUUUAAAGAAAAUAAUUAUUUUGGAUUUUAUUUACAUUUACAUACUAGCUGGAUAUGGACGCUGAUGUGCAGCAACAGAGGCUGGAGAAGCAGCAAGCUCUCAGGACCAAAAUGCAGCAAAAGAAACGAGCUUUUAUUCCAAUGGUGGUCGCCACUCAGGAAAUGCGGCAGAAGAAUCCGAAGCACAAGCCGUUGUUUUCUGAUGAGACUUCUCUGUUGAUCAGCCAGUCUCCGAGCAGCGGUUCUCUGAGCGAUCAAGUGGAACAUGCCCAUGACAACCCUCUGGUGGAGAUCACACUGGGAGAAAAAGAUAUGAUUCCAAACGAUGAGCUGGAGGAAGACGCUCCAGAGAACCACGGUCAUCCCAAAACGCUGAACUGGGAGGUCGAUGUGGAGACACAGGAGAAAAGUGAAGAGGUUAAACUAGAUCCAGUGGAUGCAAAGAUAAAGGAGGAAGAUGAAGCAAAAGAAAAUAACAAACAGGUGGAAAAGGAAGAGGAGAACGAGCCAGAAAAGCAACACGAAAAGGGAAAAAAAGAGAAAAAAACCAAGAAAAAAGCCAAAGUAAAGGAAAUGGUGGACUCUCAGAAGACAAAGAAGAAAAGCAAACAAGAACCUGACACCACGUGUCAAAUAAUCGAUGAGAGCAAAGAUGAGGACAACCAAGAAACAGAAACAAGGUCAGACAAAGAAGAGGAGAAAACUACACCGAGUCUGGCGUCACUGAACUCCAACUACAGGGAGCUGUCCUCUUCAGAAAAUGAACUGGAAGAACAACCAAGCUCUCCCAUGUCGACAGAAGAUGUUGAGAAGUUCGCCUUACGGCCCGCUCCCAGAGACGUUACCAUUCAAUGCCGGAUCACCAGAGAUCGGAGGGGCUUAGAGAAGGGCAUCUACCCCACAUACUACCUACACAUGGAGAAGGAGGACGGGAAGAGGGUGUUUUUGAUGGCAGGACGAAAAAGAAAAAAAUCCAAGACAUCAAACUAUCUCAUCUCCACCGACCCGACAAAUCUCUCCAGGGAUACGAGCUCCUACAUUGGAAAAUUGAGGUCCAACGCUCUGGGCACAAAGUUUACGGUGUACGAUGGAGGUGAAAACCCAGAGAAGAAACCGUUUGUCAAAGAAAGUGAGUCGGUGCGACAGGAGUUGGCAGCCAUAUGCUAUGAAAAAAACGUGUUGGGCUUCAAAGGUCCCAGAAAAAUGACGGUGAUCAUACCAGGCAUGCUACAAAACGAUGAAAGAGUGUCCAUUCGCUCUGGAAAUCAGAGUGAGACUCUACUGGGCUGCCAUGCGAAGGGCCAAACAGACCAGCUGGUGACUCUGGUGAACAAAUUCCCGAGCUGGAAUGAACAGACUCAGUCAUAUGUGCUGAACUUUAACGGACGCGUGACUCAGGCGUCUGUGAAAAACUUCCAGAUCAUCCACCCUGACAACGAGGAUUACAUCGUGAUGCAGUUCGGCCGGGUGGCGCAGGACGUCUUCUCCAUGGAUUACAGCUUCCCUCUGUGUGCCCUGCAAGCUUUUGCCAUCGCUCUCUCGUCCUUUGAUGGUAAACUGGCCUGUGAGUGAUUAAAGGACAUUCAGAAGCUCCAAGUCAACACUUUUAUCUUUGUAAUGUUUGCAGAUAAAUAAACACUAAUUUUUACAAAAAAAGAACAAAAAUGUGCUGGUCUUCUUGAGUGUUCUUGUCAAUUAUAUAUCUUCAACAUUUCCGUUUUUGCUGUGGUCACAAGUCCAUCCGAUC